AUGUCGAUCCCACAAACACACACCUUCGAAGAUGAAUUUCCCCUGAUUCGCAGCUGCCCUACACUGAAUGAAAUUCGCCUAGCUGGGGAGAUUAAAGACCUGACAAUAGAGGUAGCUUCGCUUGCUGUUACUGCUCUCUACACGUACAUUUCUAUGCAUUAGGUAAAGAACGGCGAGGUUCUCCAUGCUCACCGAAUAAUACUAGCAGCUCGCAUUCCUUCCUUGCGAGCCACGCUCACUGGUCCCCUCGGGGAGGCCAAUUCGGUCCUAAGAUUGCGGACAGUGCCUCUCAGGUAAAACCCCCGUGCCUACUCUUUAUGCACGUUUCAGCCUCGCAACUGCGCUCAUUAGUUAUGUGUACACCGGUAAAAUGGAGAUGACGCCAGCAAAUAUGAUGGGCAUGGUUGCGUUCGCAAAAAUGCUGAAGAUUUCUGCUGUCGAGAAUUGGGGAGCGAAUUUAUUAGCCGGCAGGUAAGCAUUUCCCAGUUAUUCCUCCCUAACCGUCCGCUAUAAAGUGUCACUUUAGAAAAUCUGGCAACCACUUGGGAUUUUGCGAAGUCAUUAAAUAUUGGACUACUGAUGGAGGCUUGCAUUACUCUAAUGGAGACUCAAUUUAUUCGUUUCGUAUCUUGUGACCUCUUUGUACGUUUGCCAGGCGAUACGGUGCUCUCACUGGUGCGAAGCGAAGACUUGUCAGUUGACUCUGAAUAA